CAGCAUCCCAGAGUUGAUGGAGCAGCAAGUCCAACUCAGAACAAUGCAUAGAGAAACUUCUGAGGACAUUCACCAAAAGACAAAAGCACUACUUGGAAUUCAGAAAAACAGCACCUAUGUGGAUAUCCAAAGAGCUCAGAGGUCUCCGGAUAAGAACCACAAAGAUCAGCUCAAGGAAGUGCACAAACCCAUAUCCAAACUGCAGAGAGACUUGGCCACACAGUCCACUCAGGCUUUGUCCAUGAAGACACAACACCAGGAGCAGCUGCAAGAGAGAGAGGACAUCAUAGACAGAUACAAAAAAGAGCUCAGGGCAAGUUUAGAGCGUGAGAAACACUUGGAGCAGAGAAUGGUGCAGAUGGAAUUGGAGUGGCAGAAGAAAUGUGAGGAAAUCCAAAGUAAACAUUAUCUGGACCAUGAGCGUCUGAUUCAAGAGCUGACUGCAGCAAGAGAGAAGGUAAAUGCUGAGUUAGUGGAGACAAAGUUGCAACUUGAAGAGCUUACAGUGUUACUGCAGUGUGUCACAAAGGAGCGGGAUUUGGCCUUACAGGGGUGUGUCCCAGACACUGGACUUCUAGCUUCUCAUGAAAUUAUUCCAUUAAAGCAGCAAAACUACAGACUUCAGGUCGUUGUAAGUGAAAUGCGGAAACAAAUGGAAGAGCUAAUCAGUACCACUUCACCACCUCAACAACCCCAUACAGAAUUUGAAAACAGUGUGAAUAAAAAAUAUAAUACUUCAGAAAAAGAAGAUGUCCAAGAUUUGGAACCAAACGUCACCACAGUAGAAGAAACGUCUCAAAAGUCAUCUUGUGUGUGCUGCUGUGGCCGUGUCAGCAGAGAGAACACAGCAUUGGUUCAGUUGCGAUCUAGACUGAAGCAGGCCGCCUUGCGUAUAGCUCGCUUGAACAGAGACCGACAGCAGUUAACUGAGCUAUGUAACCGCCUGCGUUCUCAGGUUUGCACUGAACUGAUCAGUCAGAGUAACAGUAUUAAAGGAAACCACAGACUACAUGAAUCCACCAACAAUUUGAAGACUGUGAACUCAGAGAAAGAAUCACAAGUGUUGGUGGACUCAGAGCUGCUCACAACUCAGAGUGCACCUCCUUACUCUUCCCAGCUAUUCCAGCUUAACAGACAAUCUGAAGAGUCGCUGCCUUCUCUGAGUGCCCUCUGGGCUCUUCUGGACCAGAGGCCUUCACAAGACCUCUCUGAAGACAAUGAAGACAAUCAACACCCUGCUGAAGUCAACCCAGAGGUCCUCUCCUUGGGGCUGGUCACAGGGGGAGCUCAGAUGGAGGUGUGUGGGGUGAGUGCUCCCAUCCACAAUCAGCCCACAGCCAAACCUCCACAGAAGAGAGAGACAAUGAAACACACUGCCAAAUCUGCAAGAAUCAGAAACUACAACAUUAAAGACUGAUCACACAGAAGGUUAAAGAUCAUUAAAGUACCUAAGAAGAUGCACAAAAGGAGACCAUUAUAAUA